AUGACAAGUGUGAUCUAUACAUUAUAUGAUAAAUUAACACGAAAAAAAACUUAUGAUACUACUACAUUACAUGUUUCUGAAUUAAGACGAUGUUUAACUGUAUUCGAUUUAACUAUUUUGGGUAUUGGAUCGACACUUGGAACAGGUAUUUAUAUUCUUACUGGUCAAGUAGCUCAUGAAACAGCAGGUCCAUCUGUGAUUCUUAGUUUUCUUAUCGCAGCUAUUGCGUCAGUUCUUGCUGGUCUUUGUUAUGCUGAAUUUGGUGCACGAGCACCACGUGCUGGAAGUGCCUAUACAUAUACAUAUGUUAGUGUAGGAGAAAUUAUGGCGUAUAUUAUUGGUUGGAAUAUGAUCUUAGAAUAUAUUAUAGGUAUGUUAAUUCAAAUUAAACAAACAUAUAGAUUCUAUCAUCGUUUACAUUGUGAAACAAUGUUUCUUUGA